GAGAAACUCGACCUCUUUUGCGAGUACUCGGAAGUGUGUGGGGAUUUUUCCAAAAAUUGUCGGCAUAUUUUCCUAAAUAAUUCAUAUUGAAAAAGUUUGACAUUACUUUGUUUUGAAGCAAAACGAACUAUCCAAGAGCCUAUUUAAGAGGUCAUGCUGAGAGGCGUCCGGGGUCUGAUCAGCAAACAGAGUAGAUCAGUCGUGUCCGUCGUCACCCAAACUUCCUUUGCCAAUCCAAUCCAAGCCACACCCACCGCUGUGAAAAUCCUCGCCUGUUCCUUUUCAAUAUCCACUAUGUCCAACGGUAAAAAACUUCAACUGGCCGACCGCCUCAAGGGUACGGAGGGAAAUGUCUGGGUUGAAUUUGGUAAGCUUGCCGCCGAAAACCAAGCCACCAACUUGGGUCAGGGGUUCCCUGAUUUCAUGCCGCCAAUGUACGUCGUGGAAGCCCUCCAGGAGGCUGUCAGUGGCAAGAACGUCCUCCUCAAUCAGUACACGAGGAGUUAUGGCCACCCUCGUCUCGUCAACGCUCUCGCCAAGACCUUCUCUCACCUCAUGGACCGCAAGAUCGAUGCCAUGAAUGAAGUGCUGGUCACCGUAGGAGCAUACGGCUCCCUCUUCUGUGCCGUACAAGGACUCAUCAACCCUGGUGACGAGGCUGUCAUUAUCGAGCCGUUCUUUGAUUGCUAUGGCCCCAUGGUGACUGUCGCUGGAGGAACCCCGAAGUUUGUGCCACUUAGACCAAAAAUCAAACCAGGCGAUAAAGUCAUAUCGAGCAAAGAUUGGAUCCUGGACCCUGACGAGUUGGCUGCUGCCUUCUCCGAUAAAACGAAGCUCAUCAUCUUGAAUACACCCAAUAACCCUGUAGGAAAGAUGUACAGUCUUGAAGAGAUGGAGAUGGUUGCCAACCUCUGCAAGAAGCACGAUGCCGUCUGCAUUGCCGAUGAGGUCUAUGAGUGGUUGGUCUACAGUGACAGUCAGCCUCAUCGCAAGAUCGCCACACUCCCCGACAUGUGGGAGCGCACCAUCACUAUUGGGAGCGCCGGGAAGACUUUCAGCGUCACCGGGUGGAAGAUUGGAUGGGCCAUUGCUCCGGCCAACUUGAUGAAGUGCCUGAACACGAUGCAUCAGAACUGUUGCUACACGUGCCCCACACCCAUCCAGGAGGCCGUCGCGAUCGGAUUCGAACACGAACUUUCUAUCAUUGACAACAAAAAGGACUGCUACUUCUACAACUUGGCGGCCGAACUCGAACCCAAGCGAAAAGUCCUGGCCAAGUCUUUACAGGAAGCUGGGAUGAUACCAACCAUUCCAGAGGGCGGAUAUUUCAUGAUGGCUGACACGUCCAAUAUGAAGGUCGAUUGCGAGGAUGGAACAGAUGCGCCGAAAGAUUUCAAGUUUGUGAGAUGGUUGUGUAAGAAUAAGAAACUUGCCGCGAUUCCGCCCAGUGCUUUCUACAGUAAGGACCACAAACACCUCGCUGCGAACAUGGUCAGGUUCUGUUUUAUCAAGAAAGAUGAAACUCUGGAGUCUGCUAGCAAAAUCAUCCAUGAUUGGGUGGCUACCAUGUGAUUAGACAACAAACUACUCAAUGGCAAAACGGAUCCCAGCAAGUUGUGAACAUCGUGAACUACUGAAUCUGAAACAAAUUUCUAUUGGUCCUGGUACUGUAAACUCUCUCAGGAGCCAUCAUACUAUAAACGAUCAAAAAUGUGCAGAUUUCGAGAAUUACAACAAUUGACAAAAAUUUAAUUUGCAUUUCAUUUGCAAAAGGAAAAAGAUGUGAAAAUUGCCACGAUAUUCAUCGCUGCAUCAAGUACCAGAUUCCUGCUGAUAACAAAAAUCGCAAAAAAAAGUAAAUUAAAAAAUGUAUUUUUGGGUAGAAAUGUGGUAUUUUGGUGCGGUUUGAGGUGAUGCUUAGUCAUGUGAUCUCUUUAAGCUGGAGUUUUUUUCCCGAUUGCCUCAAAUGUAUAACUAUUAUCAUUUAUCUGUGUCUGUAUACUUAGUUUGAAAUUGUUUAUAAAGUUAUGCAGUAGUCAAUGUUAACCUUGUCCAUCCUUGUCAGGCAGUCUACACUAUUCUAUUCUGACACUGAUUCAAACUAAAUCAGUGGUGACCCCAAGACCAGGGGUACAGGGUUAACAUUGACCACUGCAUCGGUUUUGACUUGAUGUAAAUCUCUAGUGGGUUUAGGGUUAAUCAUGAUUUGAAAACUCUUUGCAUAAUGUGAAACUACAAGCAUGUGCUAAGUUAAUCAGUUUUAUUAGUCUGAAAUGUGAUAUUUACAAGUUUUCCAAGUUUUCCACUACCUUACAAACGCAACAAAACCACUUAUGGCCCUUCCCUAUUUCUUCUCAAACCACUUAUGGCCCUUCCCUUUUUCUUCUCACCUCACGAAAUAAUUCUUUUGACCUGAAUUACUACCAUCAAAUGAUGACCAAUCUCUGUGAAAUUUACCCUUGUGUUUACAGGUUACUUAUAAAACGACCUGGGUGCGGUUGGCCAGCUGACGUUGGCAGUAACGUGAGGGUAAAUUCAAUACUAUUAUAGAACCUAACUGAAAGAGACAAGGCUCUGGGCGUGACUACUCAAUCAACACUUGAGACGAACACCCGAGAGAGCCACCAGGCCUGGUUGAGCUAACACCCCAUUAGUCCCUUGAGCCGCUGGGUCCAGAAUUUCAAAAUGUAAACAAUGUUUGAAUGACUUGAAAUUUUUCAAGGAAGUCUACCUCAAAACUUGACUGGGUUUGUUUUGGUUUAUCAUUGAAUGUAACGGAAUUAUCGUAAUGUGCUGGUAUCUGAUAUUGAUCUUUUUGACAGCGUGCUGAGUGUUUAAGAGGGAUUGAAAGAUGGUUUUAAUUACACUUGUUACAGUCAAGUUGAAGUGGAUCAUGAAUAAAAAUAGGAAAACACAAAA